CGCACCUGAGACAGGUGCAGCCGCGGCGCCGCCAGCUCCGUGCUCCGCGCAGCAUGGCCGAGCGCCGGGCGCAGGCGGAGCCGGGGGACCGCUCCGCAGCGCUGCCCGGGGAGGGGACUGCGGCUCCCGGCGGCGCCGGCCGUGACCUUGGGGAGCAGGAGCCCGGGGCGGCGCGGGGCGCCUGGGCGGCGGAGCGGUGCCCGGAUCACGACCUGGAGCUGGUCUGGUUUUGCUGCACCGAGAAGCGGCUCGUCUGCGCGCACUGCCCCAGCCUGGGCGCCUGCCGCGGCCACCGCGUGAGGACGGUGGAGGAGCAGGCGGCGGAGCUGCGGAACAAAAUCGUGGAUCAGUGUGAGAAGCUGCAGCUGCAGAGUGCCACGAUUACCAAGUACGUGGCAGAGGUGCUGCCAGGGAAGAACCAAAGCGCACUGAGUGCGGCGAGUUGGGCCCGAGAAACAGUGAUUCAGAGACUGAUCUUCGUGAGAAAUGUGUGCGAGAAUGAAGAGCAGAGGCUGCUGGAGAAGGUACACACAGAAGAGGAGAGGACUCACCAGAGCAUCCUGACCCAGCGAGCACACUGGACUGAGUCCUUGCAGAAACUGGCCACACUCCGGACCUACCUGGUGGACAUGAUCACCAACCUGGAUGACCGUGGCCUUGUGCACGCAGAGCAGGAGAUCUUCGAGAGGACGGAGGCAGCAGAGGGGAUCUUGGAACCGCAGGAGUCAGAGAAGUUAAACUUUAAUCAGAAGUGUGUUCAGAGUCCACUACUGCACCGAUUAUGGGCUUCCACUGUUCUCUGCUGUACAACAGGAUUAGAAGAAAUUCGUGUGGAUGAGAAAACUAUCAGCCCCCGCCUAGCCCUGUCAGAAGACAAGAAGACCUUGACAUUCAGCCCCAAAGCAAAGACCUACCCAGACUGCCCUGACCGCUUCGAUCACUGGCCCAAUGCCUUGGCUGCCAAGGCCUUCCACAAAGGGAUCCAUGCCUGGAGGGUCAGCGUGGAGAAGAGCUGUGCGUACAAGCUGGGGGUUUCCUAUGGCUCCUUGCAGCGCAAAGGGCCUGGAAAUGAAGCCCGGCUGGGCUACAACAGCUGCUCAUGGGUGUUCUCCCGCUACGACAAGGAGUUCAGGUUCUCACAUGACAGCCAACAUCAGACUGUGGAGCUGAUCAAGUGCCCCAUGCAGAUUGGGGUCCUGGUUGACUUUGAUGGGGGAGAGGUUCUGUUUUAUGACCCUAACUCCUGCAUCAUCCUUCACUCCCACCGAGAAACCUUCACUGAGCCCAUCUAUCCUGUCCUGGCUGUGGCUGACCAGAGUAUCUCUCUUGUACAGUGAGAAGGCCUGGCAGGAUAGAUGCUCAAGCUCCUGCUUCGUGGGGGAAAUGAAAAGAGCUUUUCCCACUUAUGCAAAGCACAGCGCAGACCCCAGAAGUAUCUUCUUUGGUGGCAAGUAGCCAGGAUGGGAUGGGUAGCCUAAGUGUGCUGGCACUUGGUCGAAUCCUGCCUUCACCCCAGAUACCUGCUCUUCAUUUGUUUUUCAGCUGUGGUUGAUGGCUACUCCACAAGCACGAUGAUCCAAUCAGUUGCGCACCCACCUUACAGUAGUUCCAUCUAGACUGGUUUUCCUUAGAAAGUAAUGGGAGAUGGUAUUAAAAGAUAUGAGGUGUCUUGCAUCCAGGACUUGCCAAGCCCCUCCACCAUCCAUGAGGCCUGCCACCUUGUCUGAGAAGGUAACCAUGUUGGCCAGGUAUGAGUUGCUGUUGACACAUCCAUGUUGGCUGUUAAUUAUCGCCUCCUUAUUCUCUGGAUACUUACAGACUGAUUGAUGAGAUGCUUCAGUGUUAUUCCAGGCAUCCAACUUAGACUGCCCUAUUUGUCAUGCCCUGGGUCAUCUUCACUUAAAGCUGGGGACUAUAUUUGCCCCUUUUCUAAUGUUCUGGGCCUCCACUUGAAUUGUUUUGUUUCAGCCUGACCCUUUCUGUGCUCUGUUCUUGUCUGCAAAGUGUAGUUGUUGUCCUGACAGAAAGCAUUGGUGCAGUGACCUUGGGGACCCUGCCACCUGCCUACUUGAGGAAAAAUUAUGCAAGAAACAAGUGAAGGUGCCUAUGCUGGAAGAUGAAUUCCACCACUAACUCAGCCAUCACAGGAAGAGUGCUCUGUCUUGCAUGUGAGACUGGCUGUGGAAGUGGGUCAGACUGAGAUGAGUCAGGUUACCCCUCUGAUAUGAUGGCUGCUCUUUCAUCCCACAGAGCAAUGUGGGAAGGCUAGGCUAGUGAAUGCAUGUGAGCUGCCCAGGUCUGGAGAGAUCAGAGCUGGAGAAAAGCCUCUCAAUAAACACAGUGUGAAACCCUUCA